AUGAGUAAGGGCCAGGAUAAGCUGAUGUUCAGCUACAAAACAGUCGUUCACCGAUGGCCAGUCAUUCUCACGAACAUCGUUUCGGCGAUCAGCAGCGUGAACCACACGCUUGGCGAGGCAGACAAAGGGAAGCUCGAGGAGGGCAAGGGGAUUAUCCGGAAGCUGAGCGAGCUCAAGCACAACAUGGGACGGAAUGGCGUGCUCCAGCCUAUUCCAGAUGACGGUGAGGGAAACCUCACAUGCUACAACGACGAACUGGCUGCCACGCCGGAGGAGGAGAAGCGGUGGUUCACCAUGAACUGGCUCUUCGCGGAGUGCUACUUAUAUCGUCUGCUGCGAACGUUCUUUUCCCUCACGACCCACUGGAAGUCGUAUGACCCCUUCUUCGAGUCCAAGGCCGAGACGUACAAGAGUAGCUCGGGCGCGAUCGUCCACCUCGCGAACGCACUCAAUGCGAUGGUUGCAAACCCGCGUCUCCAGGACGGGUGGGAGGGGGAGAAGAGCCCGCUCGAGAUGGCCUUCUGGGAGAUGGUCCAGGCCGACCUGUGGGGCAACGCGACAGACCUCUCGCUCCUCGUUGACCUGAACUAUGCCGACCUGCAGAAGCUGCAGGCCGUCGGCGCAGCGGCGCAGAAGGAGCAGGCGACUAGAAUCUUGCGGGACGAUCUCCCGCGCGUGUGGGAUCUCCUCAAGACCGUCAAAGGCGGGCGAGUGGACAUCGUCCUUGACAAUGCCGGUUUCGAGGUGUACACUGACCUCAUCUUGGCCGACUUCCUGGUGUCUUGUACGCCCUUCGUCGACUCCGUCGUCUUCCACCCCAAGCUGAUCCCGUGGUUCGUCUCCGACGUCCUCCCCCGAGACUUCGAGUGGGCGAUCGACUCCCUGCUUGACCCCGCGUUCUUCUCCGCCCACGCCAACGUCUCCGAGGCGGACACGCGGGCACUCAGCGAGCUCAGCCGCCGCUGGCGCUCGCACAUGGCGUCGGGGACGUUCCGCCUGUCUGUCCCCACUGACACGCCGAUCGGCAAGGACGAGCCAGCGGCCAACUUCUGGACGACGCAGUAUGCGUACGCCGACAUGCCCGCGCUCGACCCCGCACUCCUCGCCGAGCUGCAGAAGGCUGACCUGGUGGUCUUCAAGGGCGACUUGAACUAUCGCAAGCUCAUCGGAGAUGGGAAGUGGCCGGCGACGACGUCAUUCGAGCAGGCUCUUGGCCCGCUCAACGGCACCAUCAACCUCGUUUCCUUACGCACAAACAAGGCCGAUACCAUCUGCGGCCUAGAGCCCGGAAUCGAGGAGCGCAUGGACGCCGAGGCGCCGGACUGGCGCGUGUCGGGCAAAUACGCCGUCGUGUCGUUCGCGCCGCGUACGUAG